AACAAAUUUGCAUAACAUAACCAUUUCUGCAACCGUACUACAGCGAUUCCAUGCCUUACGGACACCACACACAUAUAUCUUCCAUUUUAUUUCCCUUUUCUUUUUGUCUUCUUUCUUUCUCUUUUUUCCUUUUCUCCUCCAUCCUCCGCCUCCGCCAUGCCUCCGCCGCCGUCCUCCGCCGCCGCGCCACUCGAUUCCUCCUCCCUGGACUUCCUCUACCGGUCUAAUUGGGCCGUCUCCCCCUCCACUAACUUCCUCAAUUCCAAGAUUCCGGUCGGGGGUUACGCCGCCGGCGACAUUAUUAUGGACAAUAAUUCCGCCGGCCAUUCCGACUCCGACGGCUUUUUGGUCUUUAUGAACCCCUUUUCCUAUACUUCUUCAGAAACCUCCCAAAUGGUCAUGGAACGUAUCUUGUCGCAUUCGCAAGACGUUUCUCCUCGGAAUUCCGGGCGGUUGUCGCACAGCAGCGGCCCACUAAACGCCGCAUCAUUAACCGACAGCCCACCUUUUUCUCCUUCUGACAUCGCCGACCUCGACAACAAGGUUUACCGCUCCAACUACGCUUUGAAUUCUUCCCAUUUAAGAGCCACCGUGAGUGGGUCCGGCGCCUCCGCCGCCGGCGGCAAGACCGUCGGCAGGUGGCUCAAGGAGAGGAAGGAGAGGAGGAAGGAGGAGAACAGAGUCCAGACUGCGCAGCUCCAUGCUGCCAUUUCGGUUGCCGGAGUCGCGGCGGCUAUCGCCGCCAUUGCCUCCGCCUCCGCCUCCGGUGCCAAUGACGGCAAAGAAAUUCCGAAGACCGAUAUCGCCAUGGCCUCCGCCGCCACCUUGGUCGCCGCCCAAUGCGUGGAGGCUGCCGAGGCGAUGGGAGCGGAACACGAUCAUCUCGCCUCCGUCAUUAACUCCGCCGUCAAUGUCAAGUCCGCCGGCGAUAUUAUGACGCUCACCGCCGCCGCCGCAACAGCAUUAAGAGGAGCGGCGACGCUGAAGUCGCGGGGGAUGAAGGAAGUGUGGAAUGCGGCGGCGAUUAUUCCGGCGGAGAAAGGGAUCGGAGCUUCAAGCAGCGGCAUUACUAAUACUAUUAUUAAUAUUGCUGAUAAUUCUAAUAAUAACAACAUUGUACUGGAUCGAAACUUCAGUGGCGAGCUUCAGCGCGGCUUGGUUCAGCUUCCACGUGAAGACAAUCUCCAAUCCCUCUGCUUCAGAGGAUUGCUUGCUAAUGGCUGUGAGCUCCUCAAACGCACCCGUAAUGGUGAUCUUCAUUGGAAAAUCGUCUCUGUUUAUAUCGACAGAACGAAUCAAGUUGUGUUGAAGAUGAAGAGCAGGCACGUGGCUGGGACCAUAACCAAAAAGAAAAAAAAUUUGAUAGUGGAGGUGAUGAAAGACAUCCCGGCGUGGCCGGGGCGGCAUCUUCUCGAGGGCGGGGAGGAGCGGCGGUACUUCGGGGUGAAGACGCUGCUGCGAGGGGUGGUGGAAUUCGAGUGCAGAAACCAGAGGGAGUACGAUAUGUGGACGCAGGGCGUGGCCAAGCUCCUAAUUAUGGCCGCCGAAAGAAUUUGCAGGUUUUGAUCUGUUUGUGAAUUGGCCUUCACCUGCCUUUGUUCUUCCAUGUACAACGGAUUUCUCCACCUUCAAAGGGGAACAGCACCAUUUCUGAAUUAUGAAACCCUUUUCUUUCCUUUCUUUUUCUUUUGUCUUUUUCUUUUGCUUUUCUAAAUUGUUUUCAGGGUCGUUCCUAUGAAUGGGGUUAAUAUGGGAGUUGGUUUCUUAGACUGCAAUUUGGAUUAGUCAAAAAGAACCAUUCUUUGAUUU